AUGGAUUCUCCUCGUGAGUCUGGCGUCGACACUGGCAAGACUGCCGCCCCUCCCAUCGGUUUCCGUCCUCAGAACGGCGGUGUCAUCAAGGUGCAGCCACCGCGACGCGAGGACUUGCAACCCUCUUAUGCGCAGACCCUACAAGAAACCCAAGAAGAUGAUAAUGGCUGGUAUGGUUCCAUGAUCAACACUCUUGGACAGUGUGUCGGUUGCAUGGGCGCCAUUCCCUGCUGCAUCAUCUGCCCUAACCCCUACAAGCCCGUCUCUCAAGGAAACGUGGGUUUGGUCACUAAAUUCGGACGUUUCUCGCGCGCCGUCGAUCCUGGUCUGGUUAAAGUCAACCCGCUUUCCGAGCGCCUCAUUCAGGUCGAUGUCAAGAUUCAAAUUGUCGAGGUGCCUCGUCAAGUGUGUAUGACAAAGGACAAUGUUACUCUGAAUCUGACGUCGGUCAUCUACUACCACAUUACAUCUCCCCACAAGGCGGCUUUUGGUAUCUCCAACAUCCGUCAGGCCUUGGUGGAACGUACCCAGACCACGCUCCGUCACGUGGUGGGUGCUCGCGUCCUUCAGGAUGUUAUUGAGCGUCGCGAAGAGAUUGCUCAGUCCAUUGGAGAGAUCAUCGAGGAGGUCGCCGCCGGCUGGGGUGUCCAGGUCGAGUCCAUGCUCAUCAAGGACAUCAUCUUCAGCAACGACCUUCAAGACUCGCUAUCGAUGGCGGCCCAGUCCAAGAGAAUCGGUGAAUCCAAGGUCAUUGCUGCACGUGCCGAAGUGGAAUCGGCCAAACUCAUGAGACAAGCGGCCGAUAUCUUGAGCUCAGCGCCUGCCAUGCAAAUCAGAUACCUCGAAGCCAUGCAAGCCAUGGCCAAGACCGCCAACAGCAAGGUUAUCUUCUUGCCCGCCACCAAUCAGACCAUGCCCACUGAUAUGAACGCCAUGCUGCGAAACGAAACCACUGGUGAAGGUAGUGGGUACAAUUCCAAGUCAAACACAGGCAAUGCUUUCAACCUGGACAACAACGACGGCUUCCAACAGGCCAUGAACGCCAGAGUUAUCGAGAACAUCUAA